AUGCGUUCCACAAUUCUGACGCUUCUCCUCUGGAGCUUGGCUGGUGCUACUCCACCCACCUUCAUCAAAUCACCACGAAUCACCAGUUGGGGCUCCUUCAGUGCAUGGGAAGACUGCCCGGCUGGCUAUUAUGCUCAUGGAAUGAGGAUCAAGUAUGAGAGCGAAGGUCAGGUGGAUAAUACUGCUCUCGAUGCGGUUGAGCUCGCUUGCAAGUCUCCUUCAAUUACUGGUAGCAACAACGACUUCUACAUAAAGGGCGAUGAAGCUGAUUUUGGUACGUGGCAAAGGUACCAAUACUGCUCGGCGGGAGAAUAUGCCAUUGGAUUUGCACUUUAAUCGGUGCCAAAACGUGGAAGGGCGCAAGAUGAUAUAGCUGCUAACAACUUUGCGUUGUACUGUGGAAAACCGGAUGGACCAAGGAAGAGAUCAACCAGGCUGAUUGGUACGACGAGCGAUCGGGGAUCGUGGACCGGAGAUCAAUUCUGCCCAGUUGGACAACUUGUAUGUGGAAUCCAAGUUCAAUUAGAACUCAGUCAGUCAGUAGCUGAUGACACUGCAGUUAACAAUGUUGAUUUGAAGUGCUGUGAUUUCUUAUCAAUGACAACUGCCAGCAUGUUUCCUUGGAAUAAAUGAAC